AUGUCCUACACCGGUGACGGCGUCGCCCAGACCCCGGCCGUCGUCGAGGCGGUCCGCAAGCUCCCGACCAACGCCAAGCUCGACCAGCUCGAGGGCCACACGGUCCGCUGCCCGCGCGACGGCGACCGCCACGUCGGCGUCUUCAGCCAGGUCCCCGUCGACAACCUCGACACGAGCGUCCGCGCCGGCGCCCGCGGCCCGACCUCGAUCGACGACCCGGUCGCGCGCGAGCGCAUCUCGCACUUUGACCACGAGCGCAUCCCCGAGCGCGUCGUGCACGCUCGCGGCGUCGGCGCUCACGGCAACUUCAAGCUCCACACGUCGCUCGAGGACGUCACGUUCGCCAAGGUCCUCACCGAGGUCGGCGUCGAGACGCCCGUGUUCGUCCGCUUCUCGACCGUCCUCGGCCAGAACGGCGCCGCCGAGACCGCUCGCGAGGUGCGAGGGUUCGCGACCAAGUUCUACACGCAGGAGGGGAACUGGGACAUCGUCGGGAACAACAUCCCGGUCUUCUUCAUCCAGGACGGCGUCAAGUUCGUCGAUCUGAUUCACGCCGCAAAGGGUGAGCCGCAGACCAACAUCCCGCAGGCGCAGACGGCGCACGACAACCACUGGGACUUCCUGUCGCUCACGCCCGAGUCGGUCUUCAUGAGCCUGUACCAGCUCUCGGACCACGCCAUCCCGCGCUCGUACCGCAUGAUCCAGGGCUACGGCGUCAACACAUUCGUCCUCGUCAACAAGCAGGGCACGCGCACCUUCGUCAAGUACCACUGGCGCCCUCACCUCGGCGCUCACGGCCUCGUGUGGGACGAGGCGCUCAAGCUCGGCGGUCAGGACCCGGACUUCCUCCGCCGUGACCUCGCCGACGCCAUCGAGGCGGGCGCGUACCCCAAGUACGAGCUCGGCGUCCAGCUCAUCUCGGAGGAGCAAGAGCUCGGCUUCGACUUCGACAUUCUCGACUGCACCAAGGUCGUCCCCGAGGAGCUCGUCCCGAUCAAGUGGGUCGGGACCAUGACGCUCAACCGCAACCCGACCAACUACUUUGCCGAGACCGAGCAGGUCGCGUUCUGCACGUCCAACAUCGCGCCGGGCAUGGACUACUCGAACGACCCGAUGCUCCAGCUCCGCAACUUCUCCUACUUCGACACGCAGCUCAGCCGUCUCGGCGGGCCCAACUUCUCGUCGAUCCCGAUCAACCGCUCGGUCUGCCCCUUCAUCUCGACUAUCCGCGACGGCCACAGCCAGCACCGCAUCCCUGCCGGCCCGAACUACUACCCCAACCGGUACGAGACGCCCAACACGGCGACGCCGCACGGCAAGGGCCAGAACUACGAGGGCGAGGCGCAGACGGCCGACAACCUCAAGCCCAAGGAGGGCGUCCAGAGCGUCGCGCCGUACAAGGUCGAGGGCAGUCGCGGCCGCAUCCGCCCGCAGCGCUUCAACAACCACUACGACCAGGCGCAGCUCUUCUGGAACUCGAUGAGCAAGGUCGAGCAGCAGCACAUCAUCGACGCGGCGCGCUUCGAGCUCGGCAGGUGCGACGACCGCGAUGUCCAGAUCCGCAACAUCAUGCGCUGGAACGAGGUCGACCACGAGCUCGCCGUCGCCGUCGCCGAGGCGUUCGACAUCGACGUGCCCGAGCCCAAGCUCAAGAACCACGGCCGCAAGACGGACGGCAUGAGCCCCUUCUCGAUGCUCUCGCCCAACAACCCGGGCAGCGCGACCGGCCGCCGCUUCGCCAUUUUUGCGCUCGACGGCUUCGACAGCCUCCAGGUCUCGGGCAUGGUCGCCGCCGUCACCGCCCUCGGCUCGAUCCCGAACGUCAUCGGCUCGCGCAAGGGCCCCUGCUACCCUCGCGGGACCAAGCGCGGCGACUCGGACGCCAAGGGCGUCAUCAACUCGAACUUUACCCUCGAGACGGCGCGCUCGACCCUGUUCGACGCCAUCUUUAUCCCGGACGGCGACGAGGCGUUCCUCAAGGAGCUCUCGUCGGGUCGUGGGCUGCACUGGAUCCGCGAGGCGUUCGCCCACUUCAAGACGAUCGCUGCAGUCGGCGCCUCGGUCCCCGUCUUUGCGCACAAGGCCCUGCCCGGCAUCACCGACUACAAGGCCGACCUCUCGGCGGCCUACUCGGAGAAGAACGGCGUCGUCCUCGCCGAGAACCUCCCGAACGACGAUGCGUCGCUGUGGGCCAAGGUGACCGGCGUCGCCGACCUCGGCGGCUUCGGCAAGGCGUUCAUCGACGCCGUCGCCAAGCACCGUCACUGGGACCGCGACAUCUCGUCGGUCGCCUACUGAGCUCGUCGACCCGUCCCGCUUUGAAUUUCCCCUCCCGCCCUCGCUUGACCUCGACGUAACAUAGCUUUCGUGCCCCAUUCUC